AUGCCUCAAGAUGAGGUGAAAAGCGAAAGCACAGGCGAUACAGGAGACGAGACUUUUGAAGACGAGGACGUGAAUCCAUAUCGCACCUACGGCACUACAACAAAUGGAUUUGAUGGCGAUCAUCGACGGUAUAAAUGCUGUUGUGGACACAUUCAUGCCAUGACCGGAAUGCAGAUCAUCGUCGCGCUUUUGAGUAUUACUGUAUUCUUCGACAUGUGGCAAGUAAUCGGAGGAGCUGCUGCAAAUACUCAGUUCGACCGGUACGACAUGGCCUCUGUUUGUAUUCGUUUCGCUAUCGGCGCCGGCAUUACCGGCACCAUUCUCAUCGCGUUGCUCACUGAACGACCUGCACUUCUUCAUACCGUAUCUCUUGUUGCA